AUGGUAGCCUUCCAGGAGCCCGAAGCGGGCAGAGAAUCUCUCUCGCUUCAAAAAGAGUCAGGAUGGGAGUCAACUUCGCCUCCAGGGACAGCAGUCAACACAGCCGCGCCUUCACGCACCGCUUCCGUUUAUGAUGAAUCCUCUUCCUCCCCCGCCGUCCAAGACAAAGCGCAACCAGACCAAACUAUCGACCUCGAAGCCCAGGCAAACGAGAAAGCCUCACCAAAUCCUCUCUCAUGUAUUGACCCUGUCACCCACCUGGUCAGCUGGGAUGGUCCCGACGACCCAGAGAACCCCAUGAACUUCCCACGAAGCAAGAAAUGGCGAAUCACAAUGGUAACAGCCAUCAUGACAUUCUGCGUCUCGUUUGCCAGCUCAGUGUUCAGUACCGCCACUGAAGUCACAGCUGUGAAGUGGGGUGUCAGUCUCGAGGUUAUGAUUCUAGGAGUUUCGCUUUACGUGUUAGGAUUUGCUUGUGGCCCUCUCGUCUGGGGACCUCUCUCCGAAGUCUACGGCCGCACCCAACCCCUCUUCCUCGGCUUCUUCCUCUUCACCAUCUUCCAAAUCCCCGUCGCCACCGCCCCCAACAUCGCCACCGUCAUGAUCUCCCGCUUCCUCGGAGGCUGUUUCGGCGCCGCGCCCAUCGCCAUCGUCGGCGGGACCUACGUCGAUUUCUGGGACACUUUAGAUCGCGGAAUCGCAACUGCUGGUUUCGCAGGCGCGACGUUCAUCGGUCCCAUUGCUGGUCCUAUCAUCGGCGAGUUCAUCACGAGUAGUUAUCUGGGGUGGAGAUGGACUGCUUGGAUCACGCUGAUUAUGAGUGCGUUUGUGGGGAUUGUGGGACUGUUCACGGUGCCGGAGACGUAUGCGCCUAUUUUGCUGAAGCGCAGAGCGGAGAAGUUGAGGCAUGAGACGAGGGAUUGGGCGCUGCAUAGUCAGAUUGAUGAGCAGCCUGUUCACGCGAGGGCUCUGUUGGAGAAGUAUUUCAUGAAGCCUUGGGUUAUGCUGAUUAGAGAGCCGAUUCUCAUGGCAAUGACACUCUACUCCUCCCUCGUCUACUCCAUCCUCUACCUCAUCUUCUUCGCCUACCCCUACUCCUUCCGCGUCAUCCGCGGCUGGUCCAGCACCCUCGCCUCCCUUCCCUUCCUCGGCAUAUUCGUCGGCAUAGUAAUCUGCUGCAUCUACAUCGCCAUCGACACCAAAACCCGCUUCAACAAGCUGCUCCUGGCAUCCGCUAAGCCUUUCAUCCCAGAAGCCCGCCUCCCUCCAAUGAUCAUCGGCAGCGUCAUGCUCCCCAUUGGACUCUUCUGGUUCGCUUGGACCUCGGAUCCGGAUAUACAUUGGGCGCCGCAGGUGGUGAGUGGUGUGUUUGUGGGGUGUGGCAUCUUCUUGGUGUUCUUGCCGAGUCAGAUUUAUAUCGUCGAUACGUAUCUUUUGAAUGCGAAUAGUGCGUUGGCGGCGAGUAGUUGUGUGAGGGCGUUGAUGGCUGCGGGCUUUCCGCUUUUCGCGACCUAUAUGUAUAGGGAUCUGGGUGUGGAUUGGGCGACUAGUCUGUUGGGGUUCUUGUGUCUCGCGAUGAUGCCUUUCCCCGUGCUGUUUUGGAAGUAUGGCGAGAAGUUGAGGAUGAAGGGGAAGUUUGCUUUUGCUUUGUAG